AUACGUAAUAUCGUUGAGGGGAAGUAGAUAAAGCUAGUGGCGCGUGAGCUGAACCCGAAGUGAUCAAGGUCUUGAAUGCAUAUGUGCAAUUCCAGCCUAAGAAGAUUCGCGCUCUUGAAAAAGAAUCGCGAUGUUUUCCGUCUGGGCCCUCCUACAUAGUUUCGCAGACUGGGUUCUCGGGUUCUGCAAGCUCUGCCAGAACCGUGAAGUUGGUUGGCAGACGCUCGACCGGCGCUCAGGGCGGUACAAGCGAGAGCAGCAGCCUCUAUGGAAGAAAUUCAAACUGAUCAUACUGUUCAAUCCACUUAUGGAUUGGAUUGACAGCACAUCGAUAAUGCGGUUGUGGAUGCACGAGAAAACUAUAAAUGCUGGCAAGAAAGAAGGAACAUUGGCAUCUCGUUCCCAGAUCAAAUCCUUUGUCGACUUUUUCCAUAUAAACAUGGAUGACUUUGAACCAUCCGAUAUAUCCAAAUACCAGACAUUCGAACAAUUUUUUGUUCGGAAGCACAAAGCCGGCGCUCGGCCGAUCCACGAGGCAUCGAAUCCGUCAAAAGCGUGUGUUGUCGCUGACUCCCGAGUCGUUGUGUAUCCAACAAUGACCGCGACGCGGACGCAAUGGAUCAAGGGAAAGCACUUCACCAUCGGGAACCUGAUCGAUAACGAAAAAGCUGCGGAACCGUGGAUCGACGGCGCUGUUGCGAGCUUUCGACUAAGCCCGCAAGAUUAUCAUCGAUAUCAUUCGCCUGUCACAGGGACAGUCAAGUGGUACAAGAGGAUUCCUGGAGAUUUUUACCAAGUGGAUCCCGUCUGCUUGCAGAGUGGAGUGGAUAUCCUCACGCGAAAUGCACGAUGUUGCGUAUGCAUCGAUAGCAAGGAAUUUGGUCAAGUACUGUUCGUUGCAAUUGGGGCCACCGACGUUGGCGACGUAGAGAUUCGACCUGAAAUGCAAGAACCCGGUCAUCUGGUGAGAAAAGGAGAAGAAGUCGGUCUCUUCCAAUUUGGCGGAUCCAGUAUCAUCGUGGCAUUCGAGAAAGGAAGGAUAGAAUUUGAUGAUGACCUUGCUACCAUGAGUAGGCGUCAGAUCAUGGUAGAUGUUGAAGUUGGAAUGAGUAUGGGAAGUGUACCACCAAAGAGAGUAUAGCUGUUCCCGGGGGACCUUUGAUAUCUUUGAAACUGCGUGGAAUUUGAAGCAUAUAUUAAUUUGGUGUUAGGGGAGAGAAA